GUGCGGGCCCGCGGAGCCUGUGCCACACACAGCAUGGCGGAGCGGCUGCCUGCUGCGCCGCCGUCAAGCGAGAGCGGCCGUAAAGGGAGGUUUGGCUGCGCGACAGCGAGCGGCGGCGGGCGGGGCAUAAUAAAGCAGUGAAGAGAAGCUGAAGGAAGUAUUACAUGCCUUACUGAACAGAAAACUGUUUCUGAAGUAUUUGAGCAAACAACAUAUAUAUGUAGUAAAAUCUACAAAGGUUGAAGGUGUGGAGAGCAUGGGUUAUGAUAUUGAGCGCUUCGUGGGCUAUGUUAAUGAAGGGCUGUUGUGCUCCAUCUGCCGAGACGUGUUGGAAGAUCCGCUGCAGGCUCCUUGCGAACACGCUUUCUGCACUGCCUGUAUCCAUGGGUGGCUUGUUCAUCACAGUAACUGCCCUGAAGACAGACAAGUGAUUGAUGUGUCUUUGCUACGACCUCUGUACAGAUACAUGAAAAAUGAUUUAAACCGUCUUCAGCUACAUUGCAGAAACAGAGAGUAUGGCUGUGAAAUGGUUUGCUCUCUGGAAUCUAUAGACAGGCAUGAAAGGGAGUGUGAGUACAGUCAGAUACCUUGCUCCAAUGCUGGCUGUACGGUGCAGAUUGAGCGGCGUAACCUGGAUGGGCACCUGGCGGUGUGUGAGUACCGGAGCCGGGAGUGCCCCAAUGGCUGUGGCUACACCAUCCUCAGCGCAGAGGACACGCAGCACAACUGUGUGGCAGAGCUAAGAACCGAGCUGGAGCUGCUUCGGUCAGAAAUGAUCUGCAGAGUGGAGGAGGCAAAACAUGAGAUGGAGUCAAGGUUAGAUUCACAGAGAAGGCAUAUGGUCCAAAAAGAGAGUAUUCUGCAAAAUGAAAUUGAAGAACUAAAGAGUCAGAUGUCACGAAUGAUGUCAGAUGUACGGUCUCUGAUGGCUGCGGAGAGACAGCACCGUCAAGAGCUGGAGCAAGCAGAGCUGGAAAAACGGGAGUUAAUGGAGCUGCUGAAGGGGCUGCAGAAGGACUGUAGAUUAACUACUACAGAGGGAAGCAGGAAGUCAAAUUUCCGUCCUUUGACACGACUAGAGAGUGUAAAAAGAAAACCUAGGGAAGUUACAGUUAUCUAAAUAGUACCAAGCUUAAAAAGCAUUUUCUUCAAAUACUGGCUUCUGACAAACUACAUUCUUUGAAUGAUUGGUAAACUUAAUAUAAUUUCCAAUUUACUUAUUUUCUUUUAAAGUCUGAAUUACAACUAUAUUUCCUUUGGGGCCAUAAAAACAAACAGAUUUUUUUUUUCUGAGGGAAUACUGGUCAUUAAAACCAGUAAUUGGAAGACAUAUUUUUAGCUAAUGUUUUUAUAAAAUGGGGAAGGAGACUUGAUUUAUUCUCUCUUUACUGCAUCACUUACAGGAAUCUUUCAAGACUGAAAGCUACAGCUUUUUAAAGUCAAAGAUACAGACUAUUAUGGACCAGGAAGAAAAAAACAUUUAAGUAUCUCUCUUUCAAAGAAAAAAGCAAAUGUGUCCAUUUAGGAUGUAUUUAAUUUAGAGAAAAGUGAAUGGUAGAAUUAGUAAGUCAGUAAUAGAAAUUAAUAAGAUUUUGUUUGUAGUCUGUAGAAGGUCUUAUUUCAAAGGUGGAAAGCAAGCACUUUAAAUUGUAAUUUUUCUGCUGUGUAACAGAGGUGAGGUUGACUCUUGCUUUAGAGCUUCUUCUCAUUUCCAGGCUGAUACACACUUAAGAGACUAAAGCCCGAGGUAGUAGAAUAAUCUAAAACCCUUUAAACAGAUGUGUGAAUAACUUUGAGUUUGUGGGAAUGGAUCUGCUUCUUAUUUAAAAUUUUGAAGCUUUUAUAUGUGAAAGUAUCAGGUAUUUCUACAGGAUCUUUUAAGCAUAAGACCAGUCCAUUUGGUACUCAAUGUCUUUAAAGUAUAUAUAAAUACCUAGAGUAUCCUUAGUUUUCUUGUGGCAGGUUUAAGACUACUUGAUAUGCACAAGAGAUUAAUAUUUGCACAGUCACUUGGGCUUCAGACAUCUGUGUUAGUGCUCAAGCAGGCUGCAGGGAGUGCCAGAGCCUGGCACUGGCAUCAGAGGGUAACAGAACACCUGUGUGAGUGUGAGUAGGUCAGUGAUCUGCUCUGCUUAGCAGUUCAACUCAGAGGGGAGGUGGAAGGGUUCAGGGACGUUAGAGCGUCUGAGAUUGACUGGUAGAGCCAUUCUCUACCUCCCCUGAGGCAAAUGUAUCAGUCAAAUGCACCUGAGAAAGUGGAGGAUCACUAGAGGUGAACCUAGGGUGGCAGGUCUAUUAUAUGGGCAAAACUAUUGGGCUGGCUAAACAGUUCAUCUACACCAACACACAGCGUGGGCAGCAAGCAGGAGGGGCUGGAAGCCCUUGUUCAGCAAGAAGGUUUUGAUGUUGUCACCAUCACAGAAACGUGGUGGGAUGACUCAUCAUGGGAGUGCUGCAAUGGCUGUGUAUAAGCUCUUUGGAAGAGGAAGGCGAAGCAGGAGUGGUUGGAUAGCACUGUACAAUAGGGAGUGUUUUGACUGUAUUGAAAUUGAUGAUGAAGAUGACACGGUUGAGUGUCUCUGGGUGAGGAUCACAGGGAAGGUCAGCAGGGCAGAUGUCAUGGUGGGAGUGUCUGAGAGACCACCCAGCCAGGAACAGGUUGAUGAUGUUCUACAAGCAGCUGGCAGAGGUGUCACAGUCACCAGCCUUUGUACUCAUGGGUGACUUAAACUUGCCAGAUGUCUGCUGGAAAUACAACAGAGAGGAAGCUGCCUAGGGGGUUACGGGAAUGUGUGGAAGACAGCUUUCUAACUAACACAACUGGCAAAUGAGCCUUACAGAGGAGGGACACUGUUGUUUGUGGGCAAAGAAAGACUGGUGGGUGAUGUGAUGGUCAGUGGCCAUCAUGGGCAGAAUGACCACGAACUGUUAGGGUUUUCUAUACUGGCUGAAGUAAGGAGGGGCACUAGCAGAACUUCUGCUUUGGACUUUGGUGAGCAGACUUUGGCCUGUUUAGGACAUUGAUUGAUCAAGUCAGUCCUGAAGGGCAAAGGGGUCCAGGAAGGCUAGAUGUGUUUUAAAAAGGAAUUGUUAAAUAUUGAGGAACAGACUGUCCCUAUGUGUAGAAAGACAAGUUGUCAGGGAAAAAGAUCGGCAUGUUGAACAGAGAACUUAAGCUGGAACUUAAGGGGAAAAAAGAGAAUAUAUCACCUCUGGAAGGACUCUCAGAGGACUAUAAGGCUGUCACAAGGUCAUGUAGGAAGAAGAUUAAGAGGAAUAAAACCCAAUUAGAACUUGCUUUGGCCCCUGCAGUUAAAGACAACAUAAAAAGUGUCUAUAAAUAUGUUGACAGCAAAAGGAGGGUCAAGGAGUGUCUCUGCCAUUAGUUGAAACCAGAGGGUGGUGUAGUGACAAGGGUUGAAGAAAAGGCAGAGAUACUUAAUGCAUUCUUUGCCUCGGUCUUCAGUAUCAGGAUCAGUUGUCCUCAGGAUACCCAGCUCCCUGAGAUGGAAGUUGUUGAUGGGCAGAUGAGUGAAGCCCCCACAGUCCAGGACAAGAUGGUUAGUGACCUGCUAUGUCAGUUAGACACUCACAGCUCUAUGGGUCCUGAUGGCAUCCACCCCAGAGUAAUGAGGGAACUGGCAAAAGAAUUUUUUGCCGAAACACUUUAAAUCAUCUAUCAUAGUCCUGCUUAACUGGAGAAGUUCCAGCUGACCGGAGAUUAGCAGAUCCCAUCUACAAGAAUGGUUGGAAGGAUGAUCUGGGGAACUGCAAACCUGUCAGCCUGACCUCAGCUCUGGGCAAAGUUCUGGAAGAGAUCAUCCUGAGUGCCAUUACAUGGCAUGUGCAGGACAACUAAGGGAUGAAGCCCCUUGAAGACAACAUAGAUUUAAGAAAGGCAGGUCCUGCUUGACUAAUCUGAUCUCCUAUGACUAAGUGACUUGCUGAGAAGAUGAGGGAAAGGCUGGUAAUAUUGUCUAUCUUGACCUGAGUAAAGCAUUUCACACCAUCUUCCACAGCAUCCUCCUAGAAAAACUGGCUGCUUGGGACUUGGAUGGAUGGACUCUCCAAUGGAUAAAAAGUUGGCUGGUUGUCAGGCCCAGAGAGUGGUAGGGAAUGGAGCUAAGUCCAGUUGGCAGCUGGUCACUAGUGUGUUCCCUAGGGCUCAGUAUUUGGGCCAGUCCUGUUUAACACCAUUAUUAAGGAUCUGGAUGUGGGGAUUGAGUGCAUCCUGAGUAAAUUUGCAGACAGCACCAAGUUGGAUGGAGUGUUGAUCUGCUCAAGGGUCAGAAGGCUGUGCAGACAGACCUGGACAGACUUAAUCAGUGUGCCAAGGACAACUGCACGAGGUUCAGUGAGGCAAAGUGCUGGGUCCUGCACUUGGCUUGCAGCAGCUCCAUGCAGUGCUACAGGCUGAGGGCAGAGUGGCUUGAGAUCUGUUCAGCAGAAAGGGAUUUGGGUGUGCUGGGUGACAGCUGGCUUAAUAUGAGCCAGUGUGUGCUCAGGUGGCCAAGAAGGCCAGUGGCAUCCUGGCCAGUAUGAGAAAUAGCGUGUCAGUGACUGUCCCUCUGCAUUUGGCACUGGUGAGGCCACACCUCGAGUGCUGUGUCCAGUUUUAGCCUCUCAGUUUAAAAGGGAAAUUGAAAUGUUGAAGGGCAGCAUUUCAGCUGUCCAGCAAAGGGCAACAAUGCUCAUGAGAUGUCUAGAAAGUUUGACUUGUGAGGAGCAGCUGAAAGAGCUGAGUUUGUUUGGUCUAAAGAAGAGGGGGCUUAGGGAGGACCACUUCACUCUCUACAACUCCCUGAAAGGAGGGUGUAAGCAGGUGGGGACAGGUCUCUACUACUGUGUCUACAGUGAGAGGACAAGAGGAAAUGGCCUUAGGCUCAGACAGGGGAGAUUCAGAUUAGAUGUUAGAAAAAAAAAUUUCACUGUUAGGGAGGUCAAGCAUUGGAAUAGGGUGCCCAGGGAGCUGGUAGAGUCAUCAUCCCUGGAGGUGUUGAAGACAUGUCAGGAUCUGGGGCUGAGCAAUGGUUUAGUGGUUUAGGGGUUGUAGGGCUAGUUCUGGGUUGACAGUUGAACUUUUGGUCUUUUCCACCCUUGAUUCUAUGUUUCAAAGUUAGCAAUAGGAUUUUUUUAACAGACCAGCAAAUCAAGGAGGCAUUUAUCUGUAAGCACUGCAUGAGAAAUCUGUUCAAAGACUUUCUCCAAACUUUUUACACAGCCCAUUCAUGUUGUUUUCAGUGGUAUAACUAAGCCAUAUUCUCAGCUAAUCAGUGGACUAACUAUAAAGAUAUCUGGCCUUCUGUUUACUGAAUGUGAUCAGUUUUGAAGGCUAAGGAAAAUGUGUGCAAGUUCAACAACCAGAAUAUGUUCAUUUUAUAGUUUAGAAAGCAACUGCGUUACGGUGCAUGCCUUGCUGUCACUCAGAGCAAUGCUUUUAUUGCUAAUAUCAUAACCAAAGAGAGAGGCAGCAAUCUUCUUUAGCACAUAGUCUACAUUAUGAAGAUUUGUGGUCAGAGCUGCCUGAAUUUCAAGCAUUAUUAAAUCCUUCUAACUUGCUGUUUCUUUAGUACCACUGAGGCAGAUGUGCACACAUUCAGGUCUUACAUAUUUAAAAACUGGUUUUGUGUAUUUAAAAACUGAUAUAAAUAGCUGUUCUAUAAGAGCAGAGCUUUUUUCAGGGAAAAAGCCCCACAUUCAAAGUAAUUAGAGUAUUUGGGACAUCCGUUUGUGCCAUAGCACAUCUCUUAAGCAGCCGUAUUUAAUAAUCUAAAACAGUAAACCAGUAGCUAUAAUUUGGGAAGACCUUCAUUUACACUAAAUGUUCAGUGGUCAGUUCACUUACAUCAGUGUGUGUAUUAAAGCAAUAGGUAGAAAGUAAGAAUGCUGUUGUGUGUACUCUCGUGUUCUAAACAAGCAAGCUGUGAGUGUCUGUGCUCUGCGUGACAUUAUUGCAGCAUUCACGCUAAUUUUCAAGCUUUUUGGCAACACCAGAUUUCAUGCUACUAGAUUCAGUUAGUACUUUUCUGUGUACUGUAACUGGUUGUGAUGUGACUUUAUCUACUUUGCCUAAUGUAAAGAAAAUUACUUCAAAAUCCUUUAGAACUCAGUGAACUAAAUCAUCUUUCCUGAGUCAGAGGGCAGUAACCCAAUCUUUUCUGUUCUGACCACAGAAGAAAGCAAGUUAUUAGCUCUAUGUGUUCCCCAUAAUGGGAUCUCUGCAUUUGUUUGCUCUAGAAACUUCACACACACAUUUAUGACUAAAUUUCUCCUAGUAUGGGAAAUGGGGUUUAUUUAAUGUUUACUUAGCAUUUGGUCUGCUGUCUUUUCCCUAAGUGAUGGACAUGAAACUGCAUGAGAAAGCAUGUCCUAGGUGAUAAGGAAGGAUUUUCUGCCGUGCAAUCAAGCUCUGACAGUCUGAACUUCCAGUGUGGAAAUGUGGCAACACUUUGGCAACUGGCUGCUGGAAUGGGCUGUCAGCUUGGGUUUCCUUUAGCAGAAAAAGCACUUUCAGAGAUGUUUUAAAUAGGCACAGAGUAGCUAAUGGCAUCAGUGACUCUGGUGACUUUAAGCUUUAUGCCAUUCCUCUGGGUUGAUAAUGGUUCUGCACUUCAGAUUUUCCUCUGCUAAUGAACCCCUCACAGGGUGGCAUUGCUGAAGAAUCAUCAUCACUUGACCUGUCUUACAACUGACUAGACUGACAUUAAAUAGCCCGUUAUGUUAAUAUUUUAUCUACUUCCUGCUUUUCCAGUCUCAUGUAUUAUGCAGUUCUUAAUAGCAGUUGGCAGCAGCAAGGGAUUUUUUUCUUUCUUUCAAAUAGUCUGUUAAUCCAGUUCACAAAAACUAAGACUCCAAAUAUUGUACUAGACUUGACAGAAGUUAAAGACAUUCACUUGGAAAUGCUACUUCCCUAGUCAUGAUCAUACUUUAGCAUUAUAUGAGACAUUGCUAAAAGUGCAUUACAGGAGGAUUCCAGCAUGGAAUAACUGGUAUUACUGUUCUCAUACUAAAUCACACUUUAAUCAGUUCAAUUUCCUCCCACCUGGAACUGCUACUCCAAGUGGACCAGUAACUGUGCAAAUUGUUGUAUUUUGAGUUGCUGCCUUUGGUUCUUUGCAGCUGUAAGAGGAAGAGCAAAGAGAGAGAACAAGUGUGUGACUGUUCCCUCAGCCCAAAAGCAGAGAUGUGGCUGCACCAGCUUGUGCCACCAGCCAGCUUACCAGUGUGAGCUGCCAGCGUAUGGCAGGGAGUUAACAUGGCAUUAGAAUUAAAAGGAGAUUAAGUCUUUAUCCACACUUAGGUGGGUACACAGUACCAAGCCUGGGAGAUUCAGAAACAAACUCAGAGAGCAAGUGGUUAAGGUAUGUGGAACUUGCAUAUACAACAGUUUCUUGUCAGCAUAGAAGGGAAAGGAAUGCAGAGUCAAGCAAAAUACUUGCUAUAGUGAUGUAUUUUGACUGGCCAAAAGUGGCUUUAUCUGAAAUGUUCUUAGGUGUUUGUAUGAAAUAAUAUAUUAAUAGACCCCGGCUGCAAACAGUUCCUCCAAUUUAUAGAAACUGGUAGCCUUGCAAAUGAAAUUUUCCAUGUGCUGUCCUCUUGGAUGUUUCUGGCAUGGUGCUUCUCUACAGCCACUUUCCUUAGAAGUGCUGGGUAGUAUUGACACAGAGCAGUACUAGCCUUGCCUUUCUCCUGUACUGUUGUCAGAUGGAGUACGUUGGUCAGGGAGAUUUUACCACGUAGAAGAUGCCUUUAUAAAGACCUACAAUUCUAUGCAACUUUCUAUUAACUGAGUAAACACUGAACUGUCUUCCAGCAUUAUGGGUCGCUGCCAGUCUAUCUACAUUUUCUACCUUUAUAUGCACAAAGACAAACCAGCGCUUAACAGAUCUCAAUCUCUAGUGUGUAUAACAAAUGGUAACACUUUGUAUCACUUUGAAGUACACUUUGUAUAAAAGUUGAACUAAUAAAGGGUCUACACCAUAAUUAACACACUGGUUCAC